CCCAACGGUUGGCUGUCGCGUUCGUUUGUUAUUUCCACGUGGAAGACAAGCAUUAUUCGCGAUCAGUUCUUUUUUUAUCGUCUCCAUUCUCCGGUUAUGGAUGGCUCUAUUUACGUUUAUACAUGCGGGCGUGUGAAAAGCUAAACGGAUGAUAAGAUGUGCUAGCUGUGUGUUUGUGUCUCUGAAUAACCAUUGAACCGAGUCUAAGAACCGAUUGAGUGCGAGUUUUUUAGUGUCGGGUUUUUGUUUUGUUUUGUGAGCAGUGUAGUAUUUAUUUUGGAGUUUUCUUUUGUUUACAUCGACCUGUGGAAUUCUUUUAUUAUUGUUGGAUUACUCGAGCUGGGAGCAUCGCGGGACAACAUAUAAGGUGAAAAGCCACGAGCAGUGGAUAGAAAGUCAGCGUGAAGGAGGUACUGAGGCGAACGCAUGGAAAGGAUGAGCUAGCAACAUGUGGAGGAUGCAGCGGCGUGGCUUAUCCGCCUGGUCAUGGAUGUGGCUAUGGCUGUGGUUUAUGGCAGCCAUACUUGGUUCAGCAUCUUCCGGUGGCCAUACAGCAUCACCGAUCAGCAGCUCCACAGCGAGCCCAUCGUUGCCCCAGAUUACACCUCAGGAUUUUCAUUUCACCAAACCCCUCUACAAUGUCUCAAUAUCAGAGAAUUCCAUUGGCAAAACAUACGUCAUACCCGAAAAUAGAAUGGGAAUACAACUGUCUAAAGUACUUGGGAGUGGUGAUAUUAAGUACAGAAUAAUAAGUGGUGAUCGUGAUAAAUUUUUCAAAGCCGAGGAACGCACUGUCGGUGAUUUUUGUUUUCUCCUGAUAAGGACACGCACCGGUAACGUUGAUGUUUUGAAUCGCGAGCGUAAGGAUCGUUAUGUACUCGAGGUGCGUGCAACAACAAAUUGGAAAGACGUUAGAAAUAAACAAACACCACUUGAGACUGAGACAACAGUGGUUGUUACCGUAUUGGACACUAAUGACUUAAAUCCACUGUUUUUUCCAACUGAGUACAAAGAAACAGUGACUGAGGAUACACCACUGCACAAGAGUAUAGUGAGGGUAGCAGCUGAGGAUGCCGAUCUAGGUAGAAAUGGUGAAAUAUAUUACAGCUUUGCGGAGGAGACUGAGCAGUUUGCUGUACACCCAGUCAGUGGGGUCAUCACGCUCACCAGGCCACUGAGGUAUGCAGAGAGAGCGAUUCACGAGCUAGUGGUAUUUGCUGAGGACAGAGGUACCCUAUUCCGUGGGGUUGGCAAGAAUCGUGCUAGUACAGCGAGGGUCACAAUCAGGGUGCAGCAGGUAAAUCUUUAUGCCCCAGAAAUAUAUGUGAAUCAUCUACCGGACGUUGUUGAAAAUUCGAAUGCCGAUGUGUAUGCAAUUGUUCGAGUGGUAGAUCGAGAUGAGGGAAUACACGGUCAAAUAGCGAGCUUGGAUAUUGUUGGGGGAGAUCCAAAUGGCCACUUCAGAAUAAGGCCGGGACAAAGGCCAGGUGAAUACAGUAUCGAGAUACUUCAUCUGUUGGACAGAGAGACAGCGCGUCAGGGUUACAAUCUGUCACUUCGGGCUAUUGACAAGGGUACACCUCAGCGAUUCAGUCACAAAAUCGUGCCAGUUCAUCUCACUGACGUUAAUGACAAUGCACCAGUAUUCAGUCGUGAGGUGUAUGACGUUAGUGUACCUGAAACAGCGCCAGUUAAUACACCAGUUAUCAAGCUUAAGGUCACUGACGCCGACGAGGGUAAAAAUGCAUUGGUAUCCCUGGAAAUAGUCGGUGGUAAUGAGGGUGGUGAAUUUUAUGUUAAUGCUGAUACUGGUAUGCUUUACACUGCUGUAACACUUGAUGCUGAAACUAAAGCGUUGUAUACGCUCACGGUAUCGGCUGUUGAUCAGGGAAAUACUGGCACCAGGAAGCAAUCAUCUGCCAAAGUUAAGAUUAAUGUUAUCGAUGCUAAUGACAACGAUCCGACAUUUGACGAGGGAGAAAUGACGGUUGAAAUGGAUGAGAAUAAGCCAGCUGGCACAACUGUCGUUAAAGUAACAGCAAGAGAUAAGGAUUCGGGGGAGAAUGCCUACAUAUCUUAUUCCAUUGAUAAUAUCGAUGGUGUGCCAUUUGAAAUCGAUCCCUUUACCGGUGUUAUCAAAUUAAAACAACUCAUUGAUUAUGAAACAAUGAAGCGGGAUUAUGUACUCGCUGUUAGAGCCAGUGAUUGGGGAUUACCAUACAGACGACAAACGGAGAUGCAGUUGCGUAUCAAAAUUCGGGAUGUCAAUGACAAUCGACCGCAGUUUGAGAAGAUCGAUUGCUUGGUGCGUGUACCACGUUAUGUACCUAUUGGAUCGGAAAUAAUAACAGUCUCGGCCAUUGAUCUCGAUGCUGGCAAUAUGAUUCAUUAUCGGUUGGAGUCAUCCAACGAGGACACGUGUUUUUCUCUUGAUGCUUCAAGUGGUGUACUAUCGGUUAUCUGUGAUCUUACCGAUGUCAGUGUCAAUGAUAUUUAUGUCAAUGUAACAGCUACUGAUGGCACACACUUUGCUGAUGUCAAUGUCAUUCAUGUUCAGUUGAUCAAUGCUAAAAGAAGUCCUGUCGCACAGGGAAAAAUACUGGAUAAUGAUACUGCUGCUAGAUGCACCGAUACUGGCGUUGCUAGACGGCUCGCUGAGGCUAUUGCUAGUGCCAAGAAGAACGAUCAACCCUCGCAGGAUGAUAAUCAGUCUUUAACACCGAGGCGGUACGGUGGUAAUGUCCAUGCGCCUGAGUUCAUCGAUUUUCCCAAUGAAAUUAAAGUCAAUGAAUCUCUAAAACUCGGCACAACACUUGUGAAAAUACGCGCUAAAGAUCGGGAUCUUGAUUACAAUGGUAAACUCGUUUAUGGGAUAUCGAGCGGCGAUCGAGACUCGGUUUUCGGCAUUGAUCAGGAAACUGGAGAUAUCAAUGUGAUUGGGUACUUGGAUCGCGAGAGAGAAAGUGAAUACUUUCUCAAUAUCAGUGUCUAUGAUCUCGGUAAACCACAAAAAUCGGCAUCACGUAUGCUACCAAUUACAGUGUUGGAUGUAAAUGACAACGCGCCCAAGUUCGAGAAGCCAUUAGCGAGUUUCAAGAUAUCAGAAAAUGCUAUCAAUGGUACGCAGGUAUUUCGGGCUAAUGCAACUGACGCUGAUCUGGGUGAAAAUGCACGUGUGAGUUAUGCUCUCGUGACUGAAACCAAGGACUUUAAAGUUGAUCCAUUGAGUGGUGUACUGAGUGUUUUUGGUAAAUUGGAUCGUGAGAGACAGGAGAUCUAUGAGCUGAAGAUUCGGGCCAGUGACAAUGGCGGACACAGCGGGGAUCUACCAUCUUUAUAUUCCGAUGCUUUGGUCCGUGUUACCGUUGAUGAUAUCAAUGAUAAUCCACCGAAAUUUGCAUUGUCCAGUUAUUCAGUGAAGAUUCGGGAAGAUGUUCCUGUCUGGUGCGUUGUUGCGGUUGUCGAGGCAACUGAUCCAGACGAGGGCUCGGGUGGUGAAAUUGAGUAUUUCUUGUCAGAUGCCAUGGAUAGUGAGGGUUACUUCAAGGUCGACCGAGUAUCCGGCACUGUACGAACAGCUCAACAUCUGGAUUUUGAGCAACGUCAGGUGCACACACUCACCAUUAUCGCUAAAGAUCGGGGUGAGCCGUCAUUGUCCAGUGAAACAAUGCUCAUUAUCGAGGUCGUUGACGUUAAUGAGAAUCUUCAAGCACCGGUUUUUGAGGAUUUAAUCGUUUCCGCGAGUGUCUUUGAGAAUCAACCUGUUGGAACAUUAGUGACUACUGUGCGCGCUAAAGACGGUGACUCACCGGGACCUGAUUCCAAAAUUGGAUACACCGUACGAGGUGGCGAUGGCAUCGGGCUUUUUACCAUCGAUGACGAAGGAAAUAUCAAAACGAAGGCUGUCCUGGAUAUUGAGUCGAAAAAUGGAUAUUGGCUGACUGUUUACGCUCAGGAUCACGGUGUCGUACCACUCAGCUCGCAACUUCAGGUUUAUGUGGAGGUACUCGAUGAGAACGAUAACACACCUCUGACCGAGUACCCGGUUUAUUAUCCAUCAGUACCCGAGAAUUCACCUGCUGGUGUCAGUGUACUUCACAUAAAGGCAUUCGAUCGUGACGUCUCGCCCCAGGAAUUUUCAUUCUCCAUCACCAGCGGCAAUCCCGAGGGCUACUUCCUCAUCAACUCGACAACUGGUCUGAUCACAACCAGUGGAAGAAAGCUCGAUCGUGAGAAUCAGGCAGAGCACGUGCUGGAGGUAACAGUUAGAGAUGAUGGAACACCCCCGCUCUCCUCAACAACUCGUGUGGUCGUUCAAGUGGAAGAUAUCAACGACCACGGGCCCGAAUUCGAGCAGAAAUUUUACACCGUUCGUAUACCAGCCACGUCCGACAUCGAUAAGCCACUAUUCCAGAAAUCGAAGAACCGCUCGAGGGCAUACGACCUAUCGAGUGAUAGCGAUACAUUGCUCGAGAAUGGAACAUGGGAGACGUAUAGCCCCGACACCCUAUCUGGAAAUCGUGUCUUCAGGGUACUCGCCAAUGACAGAGACGUGGGUGACAACGGUAGGAUAACAUACAGUAUCAAGGGGGGUAGGAACAAGGGAAAAUUCCGGAUUCACCCAACAACGGGAAUGGUGUACUCCCAGAAGAGCUUCGAAGUUGGACAGGAGUACGAGAUGCUGAUACGAGCAGCUGACAACGGUGAACCACAGAGGAGUCAUCAGACCCGAGUCUCAGUCCAGGUUGUCGAGGCUCCCAACGACUCGGUGUACGCCCCAGUCUUCAAGACAAACAAUCAAACAGCUGCAAUGACGGAGAGCGAUGAAGUUGGUUUUCUCGUUGCCCUGGUGCAGGCAACUGAUAAAGACGGUGAUACCCUGUGGUACGACAUCGUCGAUGGCGACGAGAGAGAUGAAUUUUUCAUAGGUCGUGACAAUGGAAACGUAUUAUUAGCUAGAAAACUCGACUGGGAGACGGAGAAUUUUUACAACCUGACGAUAUCCGUGACCGAUGGUGUAUUCACAACGAAAACUCAGUUAUUCGUAACAGUGAUUGACAUAAAUGAUCAUCGCCCUGAGUUCUCGGAGAGUACGUACAGAGUUGAGAUAUCGGAGAAUGUUGAGAAGGGUGAGAGGGUACUCCAGUUGCACGCUACUGACAGAGAUGAGGAUAAGAAGGUGUUUUACAGUCUUCAUGCAGCGCAGAAUCAACAAUCUCUCGAGAUAUUUCACGUUGACUCGAUAACCGGUACUAUUACCCUCAAUGAUUAUUUGGAUCGUGAAACAAUUGAGGUGCACAUACUGACUGUUAUGGUGAGGGAUCAGGGGACUCCGGCUAAAAGAAAUUAUGCCCGAGUUAUUGUUUCUGUUCACGAUCACAAUGAUCAUGUACCCGAGUUUAUAAAUGAAAUAAUUCAGGGCAAAGUUUACGAGACAUCGCCGAUUGGCACUGCUGUUGUACAGAUCUGUGCUAUUGAUCGUGACAGAGGUGACAAUGCCAGAAUCACGUAUUCCAUUACAUCGGGAAAUGUUGGUAAUGUAUUUUUGAUUGAUCCUGAUUUGGGUAUAGUGAGAGUGGCACGUGAUCUGGAUCUCGGUGUCACUGCUGAAUAUAUUUUAUUGGUUAAAGCAACCGAUCAUGGAUCACCACCUCUGACCAAUACUGUGCCUGUUGAUGUUGUUGUUACGAUGGCUGACAAUGCACCACCGAGAUUUUUACAGCGCGAGCUCGCAGCUGAAAUUUAUGAGAAUCAACAGACUGGUACUUAUGUUAAACACGUUGAAGCUAGGAGUACAUCGUCGUUACAGUUUGAGAUAACGAAUGGCAACAGGGACGACAUGUUCUUCGUGAAUCCCAGCACUGGGGUUAUAACCACGAAGAAUCGAUUGGAUUACGAGAAGAUUAGGUUCUACAAUCUCACUAUUUCUGCGACCAAUAUGGCAGGUGCAACAGCUAUGUGCAGCGUUAUUGUUCAUGUUUUGGACCGAAAUGAUAACCCACCCAAGUUCCUUCAGGCAAUUUACAAUGGGGAGAUUAGUGAAGGCGCCAGUAUUGGAUCACUCGUACUGACUAAUUCGAGCUCUCCCUUGGUUAUUAAAGCCGAAGACGCUGACUCGGAAUUGAAUGCUCUACUCAGUUACGAUAUAGUUGAGGAUCUACCCAGAAAAUAUUUUCACAUUGACUCGAGUACUGGUGCUAUCAGGACGAUAAUGAUGCUCGACCACGAGACUAUUCCCAAUUUUCAGUUUCACGUUAAAGUAUCUGAUCUGGGUAAACCAAAAUUAUCAUCGGAAACCACUGCUAGAGUGAUGAUUGCUGUCACUGAUGUCAACGACUGUCCACCCAAAUUUUCACAGACCAAUUACACUGCAACUGUUCUACUCCCGACGUACAGGAAUGUCAAAGUCCUCCAAGUGAAUGCCAUCGAUCCAGACAGUACCAAGGAGCCCCUCAGAUACGACAUUAUCGAUGGUAACAAGAAUCAAACCUUCGAAAUUGAUUCUCAGACUGGUGUUGUCACUGUCAACGAGCCUGACAGAAUGAAAAAAUUUUAUCUUCUUCAUGUACGUGUCUCAGAUGAUAAAUACUCGGGUGUUGCACAGGUCUCAGUCAAGGUGGAGCAGUCGGAAAACUCGGGGCUUGUGUUUCAGCGUGAAAUUUACGAGGGAUCCAUUGAGGAGAAUUCCACCAAGAUAAUGACUGUUGCUGUUGUUAAUGUACUCGGUUCAGCAUUGAACGAGCAUAUAAUCUUCAGCAUUCUCAAUCCAACUGAUAUGUUUGAAAUUGGUAGAACGUCGGGGGCUAUACGAACAACUGGCAAACGUUUUGACAGAGAAACAACUCAUCAUUACGAGCUUAUUGUCGAGGCCAAGAGUCAUGCAUUGGAACGAGAAAAACCCAGGGUUGCUCAUGCUAUUGUAAAUGUUACUAUUCUCGACAUUAACGACAAUUGCCCCAUGUUCGUCAAUCUACCGUACUAUGCGGUUGUCUCGGUCGAUGCGCAAAAAGGCAGUGUUAUCACGAAGGUCCAUGCAAUCGAUAUGGAUAGCGGGGACAAUGGGGAAGUGAGGUACGAGCUGAAAAAGGGUCAUGGGGAGCUCUUCAAGGUGUCACGGAAAACUGGCGAAAUAUCACUGAAACAGAAUCUCGAGGGCCACAACAGGGAGUAUCAGUUGACUAUAGCUGCGUAUGACGGGGGUCUGACACCCUGUUCAAUCGAAGUACCAGUCAAUGUUAAAGUGAUUGAUCGGUCCAUGCCAACAUUCGACAAACAGUUCUACACCGACGACGUCUUUGAGAAUAUCGAGGUUGACACACCACUCUCACUGUCAAUUCAAGCCAAAUCUGAUCUCGAUCGCAAACUCAUCUACAGUAUCACCAAGGGCAACGACUUUGAGGAGUUUGCCCUCAACUUUAACACGGCCCCCGACAAUAACAAUGGUCCCUGCACUAUCUACGUCGUGGACGAGUUGGAUUACGAGCAGAAGAAACAGUACGAGCUUACGGUACGUGCUACCGACAGUGUAUCGGGUGUUUACGCCGAGGUACUUGUCAGUAUUCUCGUUCAGGAUGUCAAUGAUUGCCCACCGGAGUUUACGCAAGACUCCUACAACAUAUCAGUCUCUGAGGCAGCACCCUUUGGCACUUCAAUUCUCACUGUCAGUACGAGGGACAACGACACAGGCAUCAAUCAGGAGGUGGUUUACGCGAUUCAAAACGAUACAUUAAACAGCAGUGAUCUAUUUCACAUCGAUCCGAAGGAGGGUGUUCUCCUCUUAAAGAGAUCGUUGGACCACGAGAGCCACGAUUCUCACCACUUCACGGUAAUUGCAACCGACCGGGGGAUUCCCUCUCUCUCAAGUACAGCCCAUGUCUGGAUCACUGUCAUCGACAUGAACGACAAUCCACCGAAAUUCGAGCAGCCAUCGUACACGUGUUCCCUGUCGGAGGAUGCAGAGCGGGGCCAAUUUGUGACAGUUGUGACGGCGAGUGAUCCAGAUUUCGUUGACGAAAAGCUGACGUACACAAUUGUCGGUGGUAAUGAUCAGCAAACUUACAGUAUCGACCAGUCAACCGGCAUCAUAACACUAAUCAACAUGCAGAACUUUGGAGAUCAAAAAUUAACAAUGCUUAAUGUCUCGGUGACUGACGGUGUUUACACGAGUUUCACGCGUGUCAAAAUUGAAAUUCUCCCUGCAAACAGGCACAACCCUAAAUUUCCUAAUCCCCUGAUCGAAGUUACUGUCAUGGAGAAUCAGCUGCCAGGGCGACUAGUCACCACGGUUUUCGCCACGGAUGAGGAUUUCGGUGAUUAUGGCCACGUCGUAUACUCCAUUCCCUCGGCACUCAUGCGAGACAUAUUUGAUAUCAAUCGAGUUACAGGGGAAAUUGUAACGAAGAAGAAACUGGACAGGGAGUCGAAAAAGUUCCAUGAAAUACCUGUGAUGGCGACUGACGAUGGCGGUCGAUCUGGCUUCGUAAUCGUCAGGGUAAAAGUUGGAGAUGAGAAUGACAAUCCUCCUGUCUUUCUUUUGCGCGAGUACAAGACAUCUGUUCACAGCAACACAACUAAGAACAUUCCCUUCGCCAAGGUGAAGGCGUACGACUUGGACGAUGAAGAGUCGUCGAUGAUCGAGUACUCGAUAUACGAGCCACAAAAUUCAGAAAUGAAAAAGCUGUUCGGUGUGGAUCCAGAUACUGGUGCGGUCUUUCUAUUAAAAAAUGCAGCUCCACUUCAAAAUCAACUGUUUGAAUUCUUCAUUCGAGCCACUGAUAAGGGAGUGGCACCCCACCACGCAGAUGUGCCCUUCAGCGUCUACGUGAUGAGCCCUUCGGACACUCCACCCCUCUUUGAGUGGAAAGAGGACAAGUUCUUCGUCUCGGAGUCCUCACCGGUAGGCACCCCCAUCACUCGCCUCAAAACAAUAACCAAUAACACUGUGAACUACAGAAUUCUCUCUGGUGACGAUCAGACCCAGGCGUUCGCCAUCAACAAACAGGGACAAAUAACUCUAAUCCGAAAUCUAGAUCGAGAAUUAAAAGACAAUCAUUUGAUUGCUGUUCUUGCUGAGACAGAUUCUAGUCCUCCGUUAACAGCAUUGGCUGAGAUAUCACUCCAAGUGCUCGAUGAGAACGAUCAUGCACCAAAGUUUGAGAGCAAUCCGUACACGGUAACACUCGCUGAGAACAUUGAGGAAGGGACAUCGAUCCUCAAAGUCAUAGCCCACGACGAGGAUUUAGGCAACAACGGGGAGGUGAGGUACUCCUUCGGGACAGAUAUUGGUGAAUUGGCGAAUGUCUUCACAGUCGAUGCCUAUACUGGAUGGAUUUCAACCCUCGUUCAACUCGACAAGGAGAAGCAACCAGAGUUCAAGUUCCAGGUUGUUGCCACUGAUAAUGGCAAUCCUAAACACUUCGCCAGGACAUCUGUGCACGUUAAAUUGAAGGAUUACAAUGAUAAUUCUCCAGCUUUUGUGAAUGACAGGUACGAGGCAACGGUGAAGGAAGACGCACUUCCAGGUACUGUCGUUGUUAAACUUGUCACUGUGGACAAGGAUAUCGAUCUGAUGACCCCCGUCGAAUUUUACAUCACCGGUGGAGAUCCAAGGUCGCAGUUUCAAGUGAGAGCCACUGGUGAAGUUUACGUGGCGAAGGCUCUCGAUAGAGAGACUAUCGACAGGUACGAAUUGAAUGUCGUGGGGACUGAUGGGAAAUUCGUAUUCGAUACUAAAGUUACUGUGCAAGUGCUGGAUGUCAAUGACAAUCCACCGUAUUGUCUGAGGUACAGGUACAGGGAGAUCCUCUCCGAGGGAUCACACCCGGGGACUUACGUGCUGACGGUUCUCGCCACUGAUUACGACGACGAGUCCAAUGCAAAACUUCGAUUCUAUCUGACUGACGACAACAACGGAAAUCAUAACGACAAGUUCUCACUGGAUAAAGAUACUGGGGUGCUGAAGACCAUCGGACAAUUGGACAGGGAGACGCAGUCCAAGUACUCUCUCACAGCUCACGUACAAGACCGUGACAAAUCGUAUUGGGAGUGCUCCUCGCAGUUAGAAAUCAUAGUCUCUGAUCUCAACGAUAAUGCACCGCGAUUCACAAUGUCUUCCUACAGCACAGCUCUUCCUGAAGAUGUCAAAGUUGGUACACUCGUUACUAAAGUUCACGCAACCGACGACGACAUCGGUAUAAACAGAAAAGUGAGAUACGAAUUUGUAGAUUCAGCUGACGGUCAUUUUAUCAUCACCUCUGACAGCGGCAUCGUCACACUGGCUAAACCCCUGGACAGAGAGACCAAGGAGAUGUACAAUCUGACAGUGAAGGCAGUGGAUCAGGGUACACCCCAACUCUUCAGCACAGCAACACUCAUUGUCAACGUUCAAGACAUAAACGACAAUCCCCCGGAGUUUGUCACCAAAUUCUACUUCGCUAGUGUUCCUGAAAUCGAUCAGGUUGGCACCGAAGUGGCAAGGGUCGUGGCCAUUUCCAAAGAUACUGGUGUCAACGCUAUGGUCUACUACUCAAUAGUUGGUGGGAACGAGCAUAAAAAGUUUCUUAUAGACAACAACACUGGCAUCAUUUCCAUCGCCGAACAGUUGGACUACGAGAGAGCUCGUGACUAUUUCUUGACGAUUCAAGCCAUCGACGGUGGUAUACCACCACUCCGUAACUACGCAACAGUCAAUAUAACUGUGACUGAUUGCAACGACAAUCCCCCGAAUUUCAAUCAACUGUCGUACCGUGCUGCGAUCAGAGAAGACGCCAAAGUUGGUGACGAAGUUACUAGAGUCUCGGCUCACGAUCUCGACAGCAAUGAAAAUGGUAAUGUGUCUUACUCGAUUCAAAGGGGGGAUCGACUGAAACAAUUCAAAAUUGAUAAACGCACUGGGGUUAUAACAGUCUCGGCGGAAUUGGAUAGAGAGGGGAUUCCCAGUUACGAUCUCGAGGUGCACGCCAGGGAUGGAGGCCAACCCACUCUCGAGACGUCGGUCGUCGUUAAUAUCGAGAUUACCGACGCUAAUGACAAUCCACCGGUGUUCAGCGAACUUAAUUACACAGCAGUCGUGCAGGAGGACAAACAGCUAAAUCAUCAUGUUUUAAAAUUCACCGUUACGGAUGCUGAUAUUGCACCCAAUGCCGAGCCUUAUACAUUUGAUUUUCGAUCUGGCAAUGAAGGGAAUGCUUUCAGACUCGAGCAGGAUGGCACCCUGAGGACCGCUAUGAAAUUUAAUAGCCGAGUUAAGGAUCGAUAUUUACUGCACAUAAGGGUGUUUGAUAAUGGCAGUCAACCGUUAUACUCGGAUGCGUGGGUUUUAGUGAAGAUCAUUGAAGAGUCUCAGUAUCCACCGGUUAUAACACCCCUAGAGAUCGUAAUAAAUUCCUACGCUGAUGAAUAUCCUGGUGGAAUUAUCGGACGAGUACAUGCCAGUGAUAGAGAUCAAUACGAUAGCCUGCAUUAUGGUCUCGUUGCGUCGGCCAGCAAUGCCGAUCUUUUCCAGAUUGACAAGGACGAUGGAACACUCAAAGUACUGCCUAUGCCCGAUGUCGGAGAGUAUCGAGUGAAUGUCACCGUAAGUGACGGAAAAUUUUACUCCCAUGCUGUCGUCAAAGUUGACGUUGAACUCGUCUCCCAGGAGAUGCUCGACAAUUCAGUUAUCAUCAGGUUCAGGGAGGUGAGCCCCGAGGACUUUAUCUUCAGCCACCGGAAGGGUUUCCUGAGGACGGUUCGUCACGCUAUGAACUGCCGCUUGAAGGACAUCGUUAUCAUCGGUGUGCAGGCAUCCACCGACGACAAUGUUAACAUCAUUAAAUCGCGAAUGGUGCGCCAGGCAAUCCACAACGAUCUCGAUCUGCUCUUCUCAGUUCGCAAGUCGAAUCCACUGUUGGGUGGGCCUGGAUUCUACACCUCCGAGAGCAUUCGUGAGGCCCUCAAUCAGCACAUCGAGGAGCUCGAAGAGUCGACGAAACUCGUGGUAGAGGAAAUUGUAAGAUUUAAAUGCAGUAAGGGCCAGUGUGUAUACGGUGAGUGCCACGAGAAGAUAAUCCUCGAUCAGAGCCAGAUAAUACCGAUCUCCAGCGAUGUGAUGAGCUUUGUGUCUCCAAAACAUAAGCACAAGCUCGAAUGCACCUGCAAGGAGGGCUACGCAGGGGAUCACUGUCAGAUCGUUGUCAACGAGUGCGCGGGAGACCCCUGUCAGGCAUUCAAGGUCUGCGUGCCUGAUUCAUCGCCUCAGGGUUACUCCUGCCUCUGCCCCGAGGGCUUCGCCGGUCCCACCUGCGAGACAGAUAUGUCCAAGUGCCAUGAAGGGUCGUGCUACGUCCCCAGGUAUCCCAUAUCCUUCAGUGGAAAGAGUUAUGCCCGCUAUAAAAUCGAUAAAGCUCAGGUCAGACAGACGAUCGAGGACAGACUCAGUCUGUCCUUGAGGAUCAGAACAGUCCAGCCCACUGGAAACCUCAUGUACGCCUCUGGAAAAAUUGAUUACAACAUCCUGGAGGUCGUGAAUGGCGCAGUUCAGUACAAAUUCGACCUGGGGAGUGGGGAGGGCCUCGUCAGGGUCAGCAGUGUCUUCGUCAGCGAUGGACAGUGGCACGAGAUUCAAUUGGAACGUGAGAGCAAUUCAGCGAGACUCACUGUCGAUGGAAAACAUGUGGCCCACGGUUCUGCUCCUGGUAUCAAUGAUAUUCUCAAUUUACAAUCUGAUGACUUGUACCUGGGGGCCGAGGUGCGCAAGCAUCCGUCGAUCCUUGGAUUUGAGGACGUCCAGAGGGGCUUCGUGGGCUGCAUGGACGACGUCAAGAUUUCCAAAGUUCCUGUGCCGAUGCACAUGAGUGGUGCAAGCAGUGUUGCUGUUCUCAAACGUUUUGCCAAUGUUGAAUUCAGUUGUGAUUCAGCAACAAUUCUCGUUCCACCUGGUGCAUGCGGCUCUCAGCCCUGUCAAAAUGGAGGCACCUGCAGGGAGACCGAUGGAGAUAACUACGAGUGCCAGUGUCAUGGGAGAUUUAAUGGUCUCGCUUGUGAAAUCGAUACUGAUCCUUGCGCCUCAUCUCCCUGUCUGUACGGGGGACGGUGUAAACCACUGGAAGGUGGUGAUUACUCCUGUGAUUGCAUUGGCCCCAGUUUGACGGGAAAACGCUGUGAAUUUGGCAGGUACUGCAGUCCAAAUCCCUGUAUUCAUGGGGGAAUAUGUGAGGAGGGAAACAAUGGACCUAUUUGCAAAUGUCACGCAUUCACUGGCGAACGUUGUGAAACUGAUAUAGACGAGUGCGAGAAUAACCCCUGCACUAAUGGGGGCACUUGUGUCAAUGAAAUUGGAAGUUACAGGUGUUUGUGUCCACCCAAUGUCACGGGAGUUAAUUGUCUCAGCUCGGUUUUCUCGAGCUCAAGCAUCUCUGAGCACUUUAAUAUCACUGGGGAGCAGCUCAUGUGGAUUGGCGUUGCUCUGGCUGCCAAUACCUUCAUUAUUAUCGUCUUCGUUACCUGCAGGAGAAUCAGGAAUAAGAGGACUAGGGCAAGGACUAAUAAUAUCAAUAAUGAGACGAGAAAACAAAUUGUUUUGAAUUCAGCGAGGACUAACGAUCACGAAUUCAAGAGGAGCUCCAAGUUGAGCAAUUUGGAAGUUAUACAGAGAGAACCUCCCCAAUGCCCUCCCAGACCCGCAUCCUAUACCCCAAGCUCCAACAACGAGCCAACGGCGUACAGCAAUUCAGCAGCGGUGGCACUUAAUAAUCUCGAUACACUGCGUAGUUAUGGGAGCGCUGGGGAUGAGUUAGAAAAUUUUCCCCCUGAUUAUUUGAGAAAUCUCAAUCGAAGUACCCCAGUGCCCAAUCCGACCCUUACACUUGCUAAUCCAGUGGGUGGAAAUGCAACUGGAAGUGAUACGGAUAGCCUUCACAAGCCCUCGUGGCAGGAGCAGAUGCAACUUGCGUCGUUUAUCACCGAUACGGCUAAAAUUAAAAAUGACCUGAAACGAGCGAGCCCAGUGGUACCAGAGCUGACCACUGGAGGACUUCUACUAAAUUCCACACGGAGGAUACCUCAUGGGGGUGGCACCUCCGUAGCAUCCCUAUCGUCUGUUGAGGAUGAUCCGCCUAUAGUCGGUGGGUAUCACUGGGACUGCUCAGACUGGGUCAGGCCGAGUCAGAAUCCUCUUCCUAAUAUUACAGAGGUACCUGGCAGCGAAGUUCCUGACUCGUCCAGCUUCCACAGCAAUGAGAGUAACGAGUCCAACACUCAUCAGUUACCGUCAAUGCAUGGCCCAGUAGAUCCCAUCCGUGACAUUUCAACUCUCAACGAAGACCAGGAGUCUGAAUACAUCGGUGACUCUGAGUGCGGUACAGAAUUUUCUGAACACUAUCACUGCCCUGAAACACAACGAUUAAAUCCCCUGGACAGCGGUGGUGAGGGUGAAUACAAAUAUAAGGAUACAGAGAGCUACCUCAGGCAUCCAAACUCAUAUUUACCGCAUUACAAUAUUCACACGGACACAGAGAACGAGAUGAAUCCGCUCAAUGGCCGCCUUAGUACACUGGAAUCUGACGAGGAAGAAGAUGACGUAGUGCCUUACGGUUUUCCAAGUAUAAGACGUAACAGAUGCAAAGGCGAUGAGACAGAUGAGAUGGGCUCGGUCAUAACAACACUCGAGGAGAGAAAUUCACUGCUAGGCGGUGGCACCAGCAACAGCGAUCUGUCCACAAAUCUCUGUGAAAUUGAUGACUCUGAGUAUGAGAUUAAUGACCAGAAGAGCAAUGGACGGAUAUGGUUAUCAGGCAAUGGAGUUACACAGACAUCUGUGUGACGAUUGCUGGGGUUUCGUAGAAAUUUUCUAAACAUCGUUCAUUACAUCAAGGCGAUCAUUUGUGAGAAAUUGUAUUCGUUAAUAUGCAAUUUUGUAAAUAUCGAGUUGGGUAAUUAUUGUAAAGUAGAAUUAUUAUUGCUGGGCAGCUAUUUUGUGAGAGACUGAAUUAUUGAAAACUACUCAAUCUACUGCCGAUUAAUAUCCAAAUUGUGGUUUCUUCUUUCUGUGCAUUUUUUUUCGAAAUUAUGAGAAUAAUUACUAGUACCGAUACGUACUUAAAAGGGAAAAAUUUUGCGUACACUGUUGAAAAUAUUUGUACUGAAUUUUCCGAAGAUCGUGUAUGCCGAAAAAAGAUUUUGAGUUUUCAGAGAAUUGUGGGAAAUUUCAGGGGAACAUUUUUGACAGUGGAUUCGGCUACUUAUGAGACUCUUCAAUUCGUGGAUAUUUAAAGGAAAAAGUCCAUAGACCAAUGACUAUUGUUUAGGAUAACUAUUGGUAAUUUAUUCUUCUGUAGUUGUUUCUUUCGAUGAACUUCAAGCAAAGUGAAUACGGCAAUUCCAGUGCAACAGAAAUCAGUACAUAUGUAACUUUGAUUGUAUUUUUGCUAACUAUUAACUUGACAUUAUUUUGGAUUACGUGUAAAUGAACCGAUGGACUACUUAAACGUUUACCAAUAACAGAGUGGAUUAUUUAUAGUGUAGUUGAUGCUUAUAACUUGAAUAUAUAAUAAAAA